GGCUAGCUCCCACAUUUUUUAACCGAUUUUUACAAAACAUGGGUUAAAUUAAAAGUUUAUAAAAUUGUUGGUGUUGUGGUAUAUUUACAUUUCUCUUAUCUCCAAAAACUACACUGUAAGGAGGGCAAGAACUGCAGCUUCUAGUGCCUUCUAGUGUUACAGCUACAUAAAGCUAACCUGUCAAUCAUAGAUGCAAGCCCCGCCCCCCCAUUUUGGCUUUUUUUUAAAAAUCUGCCUCAAACUUCCCUGUUUGGUAACCCUUUAAAAUAGCAUUUUUUUAACACGCUGAGCCACUUUGAUUCUAUUAUUAUAGUUUUUUUUUUUUAAAGCUUUUUAGUGUUUUUUCAAGCAUUGAGGGUUGUGUAUUUCCUAGUGUGACUCAAAUAACUUUGUGCUUAGGCUUUACAAGUCUCCACACAUGCAUCUAGUUUAGUCCCAGUCAGUGACUGUUCCCUCACCUUCCCCAAUCCGCCAGCCAAUCCUCUCCCUCAUGUUUGUUGAUGCCUGCCCAUGUGACCUCAGCCAGCCAAUAGGGCGGCUGCUGUGGGGGGAUGACGUCUCCGACUAGCUGCUUCCCUCCAGCAGCAGGGGAGCUUCAUUUUCUGCUCGGUGCUAAAAUGGAGGCUGCCUCCUCGCCGUAGCCCGGGCCGGCCUCCUCUCCCCCAUCUCCCGGCUCAGCUCCUUCAUGUUGGCAUGUGCUAGUCCUGCUGGGGGGAUGGUGCCGGACGCGCCCAGCUCCAACGGGCCUUUCCAACCUGUGGCCCUCAUGCAUUUUAGAGAUGUCCCCCCUGAAGAAGAGGAGAAGCUCUUCAUCCAGAAGCUGCGUCAGUGCUGCGUCCUCUUCGACUUCAUCUCCGACCCUCUGAGCGACCUGAAAUGGAAGGAGGUGAAGCGAGCGGCGCUGAGCGAGAUGGUGGAAUACAUCACCCACAACAGGAACGUCAUCACCGAGCCCAUCUACCCAGAGGUGGUUCAUAUGUUUGCGGUGAAUAUGUUUCGGACGCUGCCACCAUCAUCUAACCCCACCGGCGCCGAGUUCGACCCGGAGGAGGACGAGCCCACACUGGAGGCGGCGUGGCCACACCUACAGCUGGUGUAUGAAUUCUUCCUGCGCUUUCUAGAGUCUCCAGACUUCCAACCAAAUGUAGCCAAAAAAUACAUCGACCAGAAGUUUGUAAUGCAGCUCCUAGAGUUGUUUGACAGUGAAGACCCCAGAGAAAGAGAUUUCCUGAAGACUACUCUUCAUCGCAUCUAUGGGAAGUUCCUGGGUCUGCGAGCGUACAUUAGGAAACAGAUAAACAACAUAUUUUACACAUUCAUUUAUGAAACUGAACAUCAUAACGGAAUAGCAGAAUUACUGGAAAUUCUUGGCAGCAUUAUCAAUGGGUUUGCGUUACCACUAAAAGAAGAGCACAAAAUCUUCCUCCUGAAGGUCCUGCUGCCUUUGCACAAAGUCAAGUCUUUGAGCGUGUAUCACCCCCAGUUGGCCUACUGUGUGGUGCAGUUUUUGGAGAAGGACAGCACACUCACUGAGCCGACAGUCAUGGCUUUACUAAAGUACUGGCCAAAGACUCACAGUCCAAAAGAGGUGAUGUUCCUCAACGAACUGGAGGAGAUCCUGGACGUCAUCGAGCCGUCAGAGUUCGUCAAAGUCAUGGAGCCCCUCUUCCGUCAGCUCGCCAAGUGUGUGUCCAGCCCGCAUUUUCAGGUGGCCGAGCGAGCGCUCUACUACUGGAACAACGAGUACAUCAUGAGUUUGAUCAGCGACAACGCCGCCAAGAUCCUGCCCAUCAUGUUCCCAGCACUUUACCGCAACUCCAAGAGCCACUGGAACAAGACCAUCCACGGUUUGAUCUACAACGCUCUGAAGCUCUUCAUGGAGAUGAACCAGAAGCUGUUCGAUGACUGUACGCAGCAGUUCAGGGCAGAGAAGAGCAAAGAAAAGGCCAAAUGGAAAGAGCGAGAAGAAGCCUGGAUCAAGAUUGAGAACCUCGCUAAGUCCAACCCACAGUUCCUGGUUUACGUCGACCCGAUUGGUCCGGGCAGCCCCAUGGAGCUGGAGGCGGACGGGCUGCUGCUGGACGACGUGGGCGCGCUAAAGAAGGCGGCACAGGAGGAGGCCACACAGAUCCAAAGAGAUCAGCGGCGAGAGCGCCCACUGGUGAGGAAGAAGUCGGAGCUCCCUAAAGACAUCUCCACCGUCACGGCCUUGGAGAUGCACCGCAGAGCCGAGGAGAUGCUGACCACGCACGACGGACACUGAGAUAGGGUCUCGGCUGCACCGCCAAAAUCCCCACAAGCCCCUGCAGAGGGCCAGCAGGGAGCCCUCCUGCCACCCGCUGACCUCUGCCGCCUCCUGCUGGCCGCAGAGACGUCUGCGGUGCUGGAAGCUCCUGCAUGAGCGCAUCCCGCUCCUCUUCCUCAGCUAAGAUCUCAAUGUUCACUCUCCUGAGGGGGGUUGUGCUGCCCCCUUCUGGUCAUUCUUCUCAGGUGCUCCGUUGUGAGUGAGCUGUCCAAUCGUGUGGCCCCUCCUUUUGCCUCGUCGGGUGCUUUUACAGUAACAUCCCCUCCAAUCAAAGCACAUAUUAGGUUUUAUUCUAUUUUGUAAAAAGCUUUGAUUUUUGGAUUUUCAAAAUAAAAGAGAUAAAGUCCUAAAAAUCAUCCCAUCCUUCACAUAGAAACCCACAAGGUGCCAACUGCUUUCACGACUUGUGACGGUUUGGUGCAGCCGCGCAGGCCGGGCACUCUCAGCCCCUUUAAAGACAGACGAGCUCCAUGGAAGAGGUUUCAACAUCAGCCUUUCCUUUCUCAGUGCCUUUGUCGUCAAAGAUGUCGCCUGGUCUGUUUUCAUACUUCCACCUUUUUUUUUCUUUUCGUCAGAGUCGGCGGCAGGCUCUGGAGUUUAGUAGGCGGAGAUCCCGAAGGCGGCGCGGCGUUUUUCCCAAGCCGCUUCAAGCAAAAGAAGCACUUCCUGAUAAAACUUGAACAAAGAAAAGAUUAAAAGUAAAGCAGUUUGCUGGUCUCACCCCGUGGUAAAAGCGCUCCGUCUGUCCGGAUGCGCGUGUUCGUCGUCCUCCGUUUGUGGGCUGAACGUGUGAGCCUCCAUGUUUCCAUGAAGAUCGCUGAUCAAACCUCCCAUUUUGAAGAUGCUAACACUCUGUUUUUGUCUUUAUUUUUGAAGAGGUAAUAUUACAAGUGUCCUUUAGUGUCUGAUACUAAAAGACGUCAUCUAUUGUACAUAUGAUGUACUUUUCCGUCUUAUCUUUGAAUAAACGGUAGAUUUCAUAUUUUGUACAGAGGUUUUGAGCAGACAGUUGGUUUGUGGCACAAAGUUCAAAACAUUUAGAAAAAGAAAAGUGAACCUGGAGGUUUUUUUAUUUUGUUGUAAUCCAUCUUUUUCUCUUCAUCCUCCUGCACUCAUGAGCUUUUCAUGUGGACUUUUAUCCAAACCUCCAGUGUUGUACAUCUACCUAUAAACCACAAAUAAAGUGUUUUAUAUUUUCAUCCUAA